UAUAAAAUCAAAGUUCCCAUUGUUAAGUGAUUUACAGAGGUUUCAAAAAUGGCUGAUAUCCAAGCCUACAUCAUACUUCUCUUCCUUUGGUUAGCGUCUCUCAUUUUGGUCAAAACCAUCUUCUCCAAGAAGAAGACGGCCUCUCGUCUCCCGCCGAGCCCGACGGCCUUACCAUUCAUCGGCCACCUCCACCUUCUCGCACCGAUACCUCACCAAGCCCUUCACAAGCUUUCAACCAAACAUGGACCCUUGAUGCAUAUCCGUCUCGGGUCUGUUCCUUGUGUUGUGGCAUCCUCCCCGGAAAUGGCUAAGGAGUUCCUCAAAACACACGACUCAUCCUUCUCCAACCGACCCAUAACAGCCGCUGUCGACUACCUUACGUAUGGCUCUGCUGAUUUCUCCUUUGCUCCAUACGGGCCGUAUUGGAAGUUCAUGAAGAAAAUCUGCAUGUCUGAACUGUUAAACGGCCGAAUGCUGGACCAGUCUCUCCCGGUUAGAGGUGAAGAAUUAAGGCGGUUCUUGCGGUUCAUGGAGAAAAAAGCAAGCGCAGGUGAAAAAGUGGAUGUCGGAGGACAGCUCGUGAGGCUAACUAAUAACAUCGUGUCGAGAAUGAUAAUGAAUCGAACAUGUUCCGGUAAUGAAGAUGAAGCCGAAGAGGUAAGGAAGUUGGUGGAAGCAACAGCUGAGCUAACGGGACGGUUUAAUUUGUCGGAUUUCAUCUGGUUUUGCAAGAAUUUGGAUUUGCAAGGAAUGAAGAAACAGCUCAAACACGUUCGUGAUAAGUUUGACUCAAUGAUGGAAAAAAUAAUAAAGGAACAUGAAGAUGUAAGGAAGAGGAACGAUAAUGGAGGUGCAGUAAAAGAUUUACUUGAUGUCUUACUUGAUAUAUCAGAAGAUGAAAACUCGGAGAUGAGAUUAACCGGAGAAAACAUAAAGGCCUUCAUCCUGGACUUAUUUGCAGCUGGAACCGACACAUCUGCAGUAACAAUAGAAUGGGCUUUAUCAGAGCUCAUUAAUCAUCCAAACAUAAUGGAGAAAGCAAGAGAAGAGGUGGAUAGUGUUGUAGGGAAGAAGAGAAUAGUUGCAGAAUCAGAUAUCAGCAAUCUCCCAUACCUUCAAGCUAUCGUAAAAGAAACAUUAAGGCUUCACCCCACCGGUCCUAUGAUCGUAAGGGAGUCGACCGAAGACUGUAUUAUCGGAGGUUACGAAAUUCCGGCAAAGACACGACUGUUCGUUAAUGUUUGGGCUAUCGGUAGGGAUCCGAAUCACUGGGAAGACUCACUUGAAUUCCGACCGGAGAGGUUUAUUGAAGGGAGUGGGAAGAGCCAGAUGGAUGUGAGGGGACAGCAUUUUCAGUUGUUGCCAUUUGGGAGUGGGAGAAGAUCGUGCCCUGGGACUACAAUGGCAUUGGGAGUUGUUCAGACGAGCCUUGCUGCUAUGAUCCAAUGCUUUGAGUGGAAAGUUGAUGGGAGUGUUGAUAUGAAAGAAGGACCUGGAUUGACCCUUCCAAGGGCUCAUCCACUGAUGUGUGUCCCUCUCCUUCGGCUGAAUCCUUUUCCAUCUGUUUGAACUUUGAAGUGCAAAUAAAAUCAAAUUCAAACUCUUCUCUUGCACAUACACAGAAGUAUCAUUGCAGAGAACCCAGAUAGUAGCUGGUUUUUCGAUGAAAUUAAAUUGGGUUGGGUCUAAACAACUGUUCUAGGCCCUUCAACUGUUGUUACAGAUUGUUGGUUUCUAGGUUAUUAGUGAUUCUAUGGUUGUUGGCUCAGUUGUAAUUAGAGUUAUAAA